UGAAAAGCAACCACCUCCUGAUACAUACUGGCAAGUCAGAACAAUAAAGGCAAAUUCAUGAAAAUGUUCAAAAGAAUGUUUGCCCCUCCAGUAGCUAAACCCCAACAUACUUCCUUUGUGAAAGGGGAAGCAGAGCUUCAGGGCAAACAGGAAGAUAUUAAAACAAAAGGCGUUCCUGCUCCUCUGAGCCAUGCUGCUGGUGAUGGAGUUGCAACCAAGCCCAUAAAAGCACCGAAAGCCCGACCUAACAGGCAGAAAGGGAACAUUUCUAGAAAAGAAAAGGAACGAAACUGCAAGGAGGAUCCGGAAAUGACCAAGGAUGAAGAAGGUUGCCUCACAGAUGCGCAAUUUGAGGAGAUUGUCCAGAGUGUGCUUCAGAAGACUUUGCAGGAGUGCAUGGGCUGGUGCAUGGCUUGGGUUCAGUGCUCUUAUCCAACCUGUGAGAAGUGGAGGCGGCUCAGCAGUGACACAGACCCCUCCAUUCUGCCUGAAGACUGGUCCUGUAGCCAGAACACAGAUCUUCAGUACAACAGCUGCAACAUUUCUGAGGAAACGUGGUUGGGAUCUGAAAACGAGGUGGUCUAUGCAGUUUAUAUUCCAGGGUCAAUCGUGUGGGCCAAACAAUAUGGAUACCCAUGGUGGCCUGGGAUUGUGGAGGCUGAUCCUGACAUUGGAGAGUACUUCCUGUUUUCUUGCCAGACAGAUUCAUUUCCCUCCAAGUACCAUGUGACCUUUUUCGGCAAGACUGUGACUCGGGCUUGGAUCUCUGCCUCCAUGCUGAGGAACUUUGAUGAACCAAACGUGGAGGGAAAUGGUUUGACCAAGUUCAAGAACAAAGGUGACAAGAAGAACCUUGAAGCUGCUCUGAAGAUGGCAGAAGAAGCAGAGCAGAGAAGCAUUCAGGAGAGAAUAAGGGUGUUUGGAUUCCUCAGUCGAUUUAGUGGCAGAGAGUCACCCAGAGACCACAAAGACAUAAAAGAUCCUGUCUCCAUUACUUGCAAGCCUCAUGUCAAGAGAAUUCAAGGACCGAGGAGUGGGAACAAGAACACUGCAGCACCAAACAAGAGUCGAGGAAAGCUUCUUCCUGGGACAGCAGUGAUGAAACUGGACGGAGAUGUCGAGGAAAGACUCAAUGGGGAAGGUGGCAGAAAAAGCAAGUUAGUUCCUGAAGCCGCCUCCUCACUGUCGAAGAAGAGCCGACGGGAGCUGCAAGCCCCCAAAGCUGCAACUGUGCCAAAAGGGUCUGGAAAAACGAAGAGACAUCAGAAUGACCAGAAUGGUUUUAAGAAAUCGUUCUCUGUGCCACAGUGUAAGAAUACCAAAGCUGAACACUACAGUUCUUGUGCAAACAGCAGCACCUCUAACAUAGUGCUGUCCAGUUAUGCAAGCAAGAAAGGCAGUUUGAAGCAGGCCAAGACCUCCCCCAUGGCAGAAAGCAAACUGAUGUUGAGUAAGGACAUUAUGAACCUUGAGGAAUCAAAUGGAGCUGCAGCAGUUGGAAAAGAUGAAGAGGAAAUCUUUAGUAGCCAGGAGAUGGCUGUCUUUGCUGAGGAGAAAAAUUACUCCCCUGAAAACUUUUCCUUGGUCUUAUUUGAAGAGUAGCUGCUCAGAGCAAGGUGAGCCUUUCCACCCCACCCCAAAAUGAAAGGAAUAGGUUAUUUCUUCCUCCCAUCUGUAGCAUGAUGGUGAAAGCAUUGAUAAAGGUAAAUAGCAUCAGAGAGGGACGCACAGCAAGGGAUGUGGGGAGCGGGCCUUUACAGUUUUGAUUCCUGAGUUUCAUCCACCUAGGAAGUUGGUGACAGCUUGUAUCCGUUCCUUGAUUAACGGUCGUCUAGAAGCACAGCCGUAAACAAGACCUGGAAAAUAAAUUCUCCCCUUAGUAACUUGGACUUGCUUUAUGUUUAGUGCAAAAGAGAAACCAGGCAAAACAGCAAUGAAAAUGUAUACAUUUUCUGGGGAUUGUUUUGCACCAAUUUAUAAGUUGACAAUAUCUUGUUUGUGUUAAAGAUGUACAGCUCCUCCCCGCACUAAUUGUUUUGUUACAGUUUAGCAAAACUCUAUUAAAGUCUA